ACUAGAUUAUCAUCCUUUAACAGAACAGUUACAAGCUGUACCUCCUUUUGAAUCUUCUUCCUCUUCCCCUCUCUCAACAACAACAACAAUGCAAUCAGACUUCAAACAUAUAAACGUUGUCCCCAUCGGCAACGAGUUCUUCGAUCAUCAUCUCCCGUCCACCACCCAGUCCCGCGUUCCCUCCUCCUCACGUCUCAAACUCACCCGUCUCCGCAAACUCCACACCCGCCACGUCACCAACACACACCUCACCUUCUCCAACAAACUCUCCACCAUCCUCCGCGACUUCCCUCCCCCCGACGACAUCCACCAUCUCUACUCCGACCUCCUCCGCCUCGUCCUCGAUAAAAAACGUUACAGCUUCUCCCUAGGUCAAGUCCACACCGCGAGACGCCUCAUCGCGAACGUCGCUCACGAUUAUGCUAACCUCGUCGAGUUCGUUGGAUCGGGGAAGGAGUGUAAGGCCUUGAGAGCGAGCGCCGUCGCGGGGAUGUUUAGCGUUGUGAACGAGAUCACUCCUGCGUUGGCUUAUUUAGAGCAGGUGAGGCAGCACAUGGUGAAUCUUCCUUCGGUUGAUCCCGAAGCUCCGUCGCUCUUGGUUUCGGGGUAUCCUCAUGCGGAUAACAAGGCUCGUUUUGUUAACGGUGUCGUCGGUUUUAGGACAGAAUCUGUGGCUUUCGAUGUGGGUUGUUGUUUUGCUGGUUACGAUGGUUUGAUGAGGUGUCAGGUGAUUGAUAGGGUUUUGGAUAAGCCAGAAUGUAAUGUUGUUGUCGAUGCUUUGGCUCGUCAUCUUGGGGAUGCGGUUGUGCUGUUCUUUUUGGAUGUUUCUGGUUCUUCGUGUGGUUACGGUGUUGCGGAUCAGGUUGUUUUUUUGCUCUGCGUGAAGGCUAUGUUUGUGGAUAGACCUUUGUUGGUUGUCUGCGACAAGAGUGAUUUGAUGCGAGUAUCUGAACGAGAUUGGGAACUGAUUGAAGAGAUGAUAGGUGGAAUGGGGGAAGACGUGGGUUUGAAGAUUAGUGAUUUGAGGAUUGAAGAGGGUGUUGUCUCUGUGAAGAAUGUUGCGUGCGAGAGGCUGUUAGAUCAGAGUGGGAGACUGAGUUGUUGUGUAGCUUUGGAGGAAGCUAGGGUAUUGAGGAACAAAUACAUUAGUCCUCAAGAGGUUGAUGUUGAACAUAGAGUUUCAGACGUUUUGUUUACGCUUGAGGAGCUGGAACAAGAAGUAGGAGAAGAAGAAGAUGAUGAUAAAGGUUCAGAAUUGUUUGUUGAUCCAGACGUUUUGUUUAGGCUUGAGGAGCUGGAGCAUGAAGAUGGAGUAGAGCAGUGUGAGAAAGAAAAAGGAGGAGAAGAAGAAGAUGAUGAUUUUGUGAUGGCUGAGGAGCGUUUUACAGAGGAGCACAAGGAUCAAGUUGUAUAUAUUCGCAAGAUUCAACCCUUGCGGAUAUUAGUAGCCUUUGGUUUUUGUAUCCUUGUAGGGAACACUUAUGGAGCUGUUCAACAGUGUCUUUCAACUCUAAGCUUUUGAGCUAAAAACUUGUGUUGG